AUGCAAAGAACUUUCAGUAUCUUACUUUACACUACGCUUCAACAUAAGAAGGAAGUCAGAGAUUCAAAAUUAGGGCUCGUUGUCAUUGUAAUUCCAAGUGGAAGAAGUUCCAAAACCCAUAAAUUGAAAGACAAGUGUCAUGAAUUUGGUUUGGCAAUCGCGAAGCCAGACGUUUCAACAUCGAAGGCUAAAACACAGAGAUGUAAAGCGGAUCGAUAA